AUGGCUCGCAAGCAGGUGGUGAUAAAUCCCAAGGCGAAGAAAGCCGACGUGGACACCCUGAUGAAAAGGUUUAGCCCACGAUUCUUGCAAGAAUCCACCGUGGACACUGGGCUUGACGACGAAGCCUUCAACGAUUCGGCGGUGCCGCUGCCGCUGGAUGAAGAGUCGGACCUGGAUCUUUAUGGUGAGCCCAUGGACUCAUAG